UACGUAACUCAUCUUGGCAAUAUUGACAUAUUACUCACCCAUGCAAGCUGUAUUCUUCUAAAUUUAGAUGUGUUUUCAUCAGGAUAUUUCAUCAGGCCUAUUUUUAACUUAGCUUAGCUAAACAUUUUAGGGGCUUGUUACAAACGCCGUAUCGGUCCAAAAGCUCUACGAUAUGAAUAAAAGCGUGAUCGUCUAGGUCUGAUCAUAUAUCUUUGAAAACCCUCAGGAUCUUUUUUACUUUGCGGCAGAUCAAAUUUGUAGAAGAUGGCCAGGUUCGCCGUGCUCGUCGUGCUAGCCGUAGUCGUAGCGGUCAACGCUCAGAAGCCAAUAUGUUCCCCUCCUCAAUUCAUGGGUGGAUUAGGAUUCACGGUCGGUCAAUCUGCACCUGAUAAAGAACCCGUAGGUUACACCUUAAACGAGUAUGGGGCUUGGGACUUCACUAACAGGAAACUUGGUCUCAACUUUGAAAUCUUCUAUCCCAAUGGAACCACCUACAGCUUCCGUGUAAUCCAGGACUAUGCACAGAGAACACAAUGGACGAUCUUUGACCAAUUGAGGUUCUGUGCUAAGCAGCCAACGCCCACAGCGGAGCCUUCCAACUGUCUUCCUCCCAAUAGCACGGUGGCUUUCACCGGGUUCUUAGGGGGUGAGAAGGACCGUGUUUACUACGACCUCUACGCCAUGAAGCUGACUAGAGGAGAAUCCAGUGAUCUCGAAGGUGAUUUAACAGUCACCGUCGCUAAGGAAUCCAACAUUCCUCUCUCAACCAACUUCAUCGGAACUACUUACUUCGACGGUGAUACCCCAUAUUCCCAGGUAUCGACAGGAGGUUAUUACAACGUCGAGGUUGGAAUCCCAGAUCCCAAGAGAUGGUUUGAUCUACCAAGCUACUGCAUGGAGGCUACUACUGACCUGGGCAAGCUGCCCAAACACAUUCCUAACUGGACUCGCCUGCCCAACCGGCCACGCUUCUUUUAAUUAUCCGUAUCAACAGCCGCCAGAGAAAAUGUUAUUAGCUGGAAAUAACAAAUAAAGAUAUGUACACAUAAAGCUCUUCAUUAGAGUUCUUUAUGUGUUAUAAUUUUCUACCCCCAUAGUAACAUAUAUGACAACGUUAAUAUAUUCGUUUAAUUCUUUACCUUCGUAAGUAUAAAUAAAUAAAUCUAGAGUGAUAUUUUGUUCACGGUUUUUAUGAAUCUUUUUUUAUAAUUUGUACAAAUGUGAUUGUUUUUCAAAUGUGUCUGUGAUGACACCAUGACUUUAUUUAUAACAUGAUGACCGACCCUGAUUAAAAGGAUGUCUCUUUCUUCCAUAAAACAUA